AUGAUCAUAGACUCAAACGUCAUUGGUGAACCCACUGGGUUUUUUCUCAUCCCAACCAAUUUCCCACGAUUGGCCAUGCUGAGAUCAUUUCACCAAACUGCCAAUAUGAUGCAAGAGUUUGAUGAAAAUGGGUGGGCCCACAUCCAUCAAGCUACAUUCCGUGGUUACAUAAAAUCGAUCGAGCGGUUUGUGGAAUCGGAUCACGAACAGCUUGAGCUAGAGACACAGGACGACCUGCACUCAACACCACUUCUGCUGGCCAUCACCAGUGGCAGUGUCCAGACUGUGGAUUGUCUCCUUAAACUUGGAGCAAAGAUUGACACCAUCAACAGCCAGAACCACGGUGCUGUUGAAAUAAGUGCCUUACACCAGUUCAUUAGUCUCUUGCAGUACUUCAUAGACAAGAACCAUGAAAAACUUCCGGUGUGGAAAAAUCUUAUAAAAUUACUAUCAUCGGACAUUGAAAAUGAAGUGGAGAAUGCUGGGAGGUGUCUACGUACUUUGACCAACCCUUCUUCAGAGGGCGUGAAUCCAAACUGGCAGAACAUUACGAGCAAUGGUGGAAUCCCUGUAAUUGUAAAAGUGGCGAAAAAUUCUGUUAAUGAAGAAUCUAAGUUUCCUGCUUUUCAGACUCUCAUUAACAUCUUGGAUGUGGAUGAUGUGCAGGAACUGCUAGUGAGCAGUGGAGGGAUCCCUGCCUUCAUCAAGCUCCUCAAGUCUCAGAACAGCUAUGCGGUUCAGCUCGCUGCUGAAAUACUCAAACAUCUAGCCAGAAAACCAGACUAUGCUGAAAUCGAGAGUCAGAAUCAGGUGAUACCUUGCCUCCUGAAGGUCAUGCAGUCAUUUCAUGACCCAGAGGUCCUUGUGCAGGCUGUUGAGGCUAUGGGGAAUAUUGCAGAAGCUGGGCCACACCAUCAAAGGGCUAUUGGCAGUGCACAAGGGUGUAUUGCUACAAUAGUGACACUGUUCGAGAAAAAUUAUCCUCUGUUGUCACACACUUUGGUGGAUGCGGUGAGCAAGAUAGUGAAAGGAGAUAAGGACAAUCAGAUAACGUUUGUGGAUGAAGGUGUCACAAUACAGAUUAUGCAGGUGAUAAUGUCCCAGUCAAGGAACCGAGAGCUGCAGCUGAGUGCGGUGCAGGCCAUCCACUGUCUGGCUGAGGACAACACGCACACACAGAAGGACAUUCUGGACAAGGGCGCCGAGCGUCUGCUCAUGCAGCUGCUGAAGAAGAGCCGGGCGGAGAAACUCCAGGAGAACACGGCCCUGGCACUGUGGGCCCUGGCAGGGGAUGACUUGGAGGAACAGAGGGAGAUGGCCAAUGGGAUAGGAGUCGGGAUGCUCAUCGAGUUCCUCAACACUGUGUCGGAGAACCUGCAUUUCAUCGCAUCUGAAGCACUUGGGGUUCUCGCGCAAGGACCGGUGAACCAGCAGACGCAGAUAUCGCAGGCCAACGGGAUCCAUCCGCUGGUGCGGCAGUUGAAAUCCAACAAGGACUACAUUGGACUGAGUGUGAUUCGGACUCUGAGGUAUCUGUGUGUUGCUGUUGGAAAUGUGCCUCACCACAAGAACCAGAUGACGAUAUCGUCUUCUCAGGGAGUGAAGUAUCUCGUGGCGCUGAUGGUCCAUUCAGCGAACGAGAUGAUCCGAGUGGAAGCAGCAGUUACACUGGGUCAUGUGUCGAUGGGUAAUAAAGUGAUUUUAAAUGAAAUACACCGGUACCCUGAUUUCAGUUGUGUGCGGAUCCUUCGUAUGAUGUAUUCACAGGACAACACCGUGCGUCUGCUGGCAGGCUCGGCUCUGGCUGCGUUUGCUUACAAUAACGUCAUGCAGCAGAAGGAAAUCGCAGAGCAGGGUGGUGUUCGGUUUGCAUCCUUUAUUCCAUUCUUGAUGUCAGAUGAUGAAUAUUUCCGCUGUGAAGCAGCAUAUCAGAUUGUUAUUCUGGCCCGGAUAAUCCCAGACGAGGAGCAGGCCAAGUCUUCAGCUGCUGGUAUCAAGCUGAUUGUAGAUCUUCUAGAAAACUCCACAUCUGACACAAUUCUCAUGCUGGCAUGUGAUUGCAUUGCAAGACUUGCACACACCCGGGCAGGUGUUCCAGCAGCUAUACUAGCUAUCAAUGCAGUUGAUCAUUUGUGUCGUCUGCUACUGUCCAAAGCUGAACAGGUGCGCGGGUGUGCUGCAAUUGCCCUUGGUUAUCUUUCCUACAACCAUCGGGGAGAAAGAGAACUGCUCAACAAAUGUCGAAGUGAUCCAUAUUUGAUGCAAGAAAUCAAAUAUUUUACAAAACACCACAAGCUUUCACCAGCAUUUAUUGAAGGAUGGCUACACUACAAGAGAGUUGGUUUGCCGGCCAUUCCAGAGGGUCGAACUAGUCUAAUUCGAGUGAAGCCUGACAAGGACGACUCGCGGCCCAUGACAAUCCUCAGUUUCGAUGGGACUGGAAAUGGAUCCAACAUCAGAAGUUCCGCCUCGAAUCUCAUUGGUGAAGAUGGACAGAUCUUAACAAGUCGAUCACGGUCGUCUCAAAUGUCCAACCAUGCCCCAUCUUUGAACAACAGUCAUCUCUCGGCAUAACCAAAUCACCUGUACCAUGUACCAUGUGGCAUUUGAACUCACAAAUCUCAUUAGGGUAGAAAUUAAUUAACUCAUUAGGUUAAAAGGUUAACAUUUAUCACUAGCCUGACGUGAAAAAAAGCAUUAUUGCCUCAGACACCUGGCUCAGACUAAAAAGAAAUAUUUUUAUUGGGGUAGGUGUGUAGUAGCCUAAAACAGUUAACAGUCACAUGCAAAAUCACCAGUGCUACCUCCCCCCAAGUAUUGGUUGAAAUGAUAUGACUCACAGAUACAUGUAUGCAAUAUUUGUAGCCCAUCCUCAGAAAACAAAUGGGAGUCUUUUAUUAUUAUUGACAAAUGAAGUUAAAAUAUGAAAGAACAGUGCAAAUACAUGUAUAUUCUUGCCCGAUGUACUACCGUUGUUUAAAUUGAAUUUGUCUAUCAUGAUUCACUAUCAGUCAGAUUUACAUUUUUACAUUUUGUUUCACAAUGCCAUCAUAUAAUUUAAGACUAAGAGCAUUGACAUCAGUUUGAGUUUGUGUUCUGUAGUACCUAGACAAUACUCGACUUUAAUGUUCUCGACAGUUCACUUAAAUUGCAUUUACUGCUAAUCGUACAAUUUAUACAGAAUCAAUUUCUUUUUUACAGGCUUGCAUGUGUCUAUGAAAUAAACAUUCUAAUAAUAUUGCUAAAGCUAUAAAUAUCAGUGUUAUGGGAAAAAUAAAAUAAAUCUGAGGAAAUUCCAGACGAGGCAAGCGCCUCGUCUGCCUCAUACUGGCUACAUUUAUAAAUCUGUCAAAAAUGGGCAAAUGAUCCUUAUGAAAGUGAAAUUUGUUCUGUAGCUCUACUAAUAAAACUAAUGAAAAAAGUUCAGCUCAGUAUCUUGAGGAAUUGUGAAAACAAGUCCGGAAAACUAUACAUGUGAUAGACGGAUACAAAACCUAUAGUCCCCUAUAGUUAGACUAUUUAGGGACUAAUAAUUUUUAUUUUGGGUUUGUUAUAAUAAUUAAAAUUAAUUGUAAAUUAUGAUUUGUACCUUGUAAAUUAUCGAUAACUAAAAUCUGAUUGAUUUUGUUGGGGAAAAACAAAGUUAAGUUAUAUAUAUAUAAUGUUAAGUUAUAUAUAAGUAUCUCUUGAGAAGUUCAUCAUAUUUAUAGCAGGGCUAGCUCUGGGUCCACAGAUAAUUUCGCCAAAUUAUUUAUUAAAUUUCAAAAAUUGCAGCAACCCUGUUAUGUUGUAACAAAAUUUCAUAAAAUAAAAUUUGCCGUUUAUUUUUGAAAUUUGCAAUUGGUGAAUUUGGCGAGUGCCAGUGCUAGCCCUGCUUUGAGAGUACAAUCUCUUUGUGUAAGCAUUCUGAGGGAUGCAAGAUUAAAAAAAAAAAUGUAUCUACAUGAGGUAUAAACGUCAUAAUGUAACAUACAUGUUUUUAGAUCAAGUAGAAAUGACAGCUACUGAAUAGGAAGUUCAACAAAACUAAAUUCUGAUUCUGAUACAAAAUAUUAUCAUGUUAAAUGUUUAAAUUUAUCAUGUCAAGUGGACAUACCUGUAGGUGCUGUGCAGGCCCGUACGCAGAGGGGGUGCGUAUGCACCCCCCAUAGUCUGUCGAGGUCCAUCCGUGGAUGUGUGAAAAAAUUUAAAAUAGUCCGACGAUGUGACAAAUUUACUUCCCAGAAUGCAGGAAAAUGCAUCUCCUGCAUUCUAGAUUUUAAAACAUUUCAGGGGGGGGGGGGGGGGGGGGCACAUGUCCCCGGACCACCCUAGCAACUCUGGCCCUUUGUCGAUUACGCACCCCCCAUAUAAAUUUCUGCGUACGGGCCUGCUGUGAUGAUUCUCUAAAUUGUUUUGUUAACAUAUACAUGUCAUAUACAAUCAUGUCUUCCAUGCUCUAUACUGCUGAGUGAGUUUUUGAAAACUGACCAACUCAGCAAGAGACUUAUAUUUAUAAGCUUAGUUGGUUACAAAACAGAAAUUAUUAUUUUUAACACAAAUAUUUAUUAUUUAUACAGUAUACUUUCCCACUGAAAUCAACAUCAAGUUUUGUCAACCUUUACUUGCAAGACAAUUUUGCUAGUUUAAGCAAACAAACACAUUUUUAUCAUUAAAAGCCAAAACAAUAAAAUCGACAUUUUAUAAAACAAAAGAAUAUUUUUCACAGUGAACAGAUGAUCAGUAGGAUGUUGAUUAACAUUAAUGUACAUUGACUUGAGAAUGUUAAUUAAUGACUUGACAAAAAGGUUGGAUUUAAUACACAUUUGAAGAUAAGUUGAUAUAAUAAGACAAAUAGACCUUCAAGGUAUUGACUUUCUUCUUUGUUUUCCAGAAGAACAAAAACUAUAUAUUGUAAUAUACAUCUGUGUACAAUUUUAAAUAAUACAAUUUUUGUAAAACAAUUCAUGUAUCAUUAAGAGUUUAAAAAAAUUCUCAAGAAAAUGUAUUGAGCAUCAUAAACUUGUAAUACAUUCUUGAAAGAAUAUCUUAAAACAAAUUUAUUGAGAAAAUUUAUUGAGUAACUUAACACCUAUUAUAUUUUAGAAAUAACAUCUUAUAUUAGAUAAUCAGUUUGUGCACCCAGAACCAGUACACAGAAACAACUUGUAUAUAUGUGGAUGUGUAUACAAUAUUUAUUGUCGGUGACAUGUAUAAGUGGUGUAUAACUGUCAAUUAAAUAAAUAAAGUUUCAAAGAGUCUAACGCCGCACAAAAUAUAUAGUCCGUCCCAUCAUUCUAUUAAAAUGUUUUUUGUAAAUAAUAAAAAAUAAAAUAAAAGUGAUUUGGAAAUAACAAAAAACUACUAAUUUACAAAUCAAUCGGUUCAGAAAUAAAUAACUUGUAGUAAAUUUCAUAGUAUGAAAAAAAGGUGUUCCCUGUGGAAUGGACUAUAGUUCCAUCACUGUGAAGAAUUUUAAGAUGGGUAUACAUUCUAUUAAGAGACUGUUCUAAGUUUGCUGCCACUGUAACAUUUUUGACUGAUAGAGCCUUUUUAACAAUUACAUUUACAUAUUAGAUGAAUGUCCAUCUUUAAAAUAUCAUUAUCUGUAUAUACAGUUUGUUUUGUGGUCAUCCCUAUCUGUACUAGCCCAAAUUUUACCUCAGUAAUUUUGUAUGUUUAACAAUAUAGAAGCCGACUCAGGACAAUCUCUGUAAAUGGCAUAACUUAUAUUUCUGUUAGCUGACAAACAUGAAUUGUCCAUAGUGGUGAAAACUGGCCAUGUGGCAUAGUGGUUAAGCCAGUGGCCUUAAGGUUGGUUGGUACUGGGUUCGCGCCCUGGUACCGGCUCCCAUCUAGACUAACUUUAAAUGGCUAGGUGUAAGGGUUACAGCUCUAUAGUCCAAAGGUUCAGUGAUCCAAAGGUUCAGUAGUCCGAAGGUUCAACACUAACCCUAACCCUAGGUUCAGUAGUCCAAAGGUUCAACACUAACCCUAGGUUCAGUAGUCCGAAGGUCCAACAAUAACCCUAACCCUAGGUUCAGUAGUCCGAAGGUUCAACACUAAUGCUAACCCUAGGUUCAGUUUUCCGAAGGUUCAAUACUAACCCUAACCCUAGGUUCAGUAGUCCGAAGGUUCAACACUAAUCCUAAUAGGGUCUCCCCGAGUACUCGAGCACAGGCAGAGUCCAGCAAGACUCGAGUCCGUUCCCAGGACUCGAGUACCCGUACAUGUGAGACAAUAUAGAGCAUUAAUGUGAGACAAUAUAGAGCAUUAAUUCCAGACAUAACUAAUCAGCAAUACAAGUUACACAAUAAUUAUAUGAUCAAGUGCUAGUUUUUCUUUUAAUCUGGCCGUCCGUCCGUACUGAACGCAUUAACCGGGUUCUAAAUGCAAUACAAUUGCAUGAUUUGGCAUCCAUAUUCAGCGCUGGAAUUAAGAUACAUAAUGCUCUUUUACUUUAUUCCUUAGUCUUAUUACCAUCUACUGUAAGUGUCGGGUACUCAGGUCCGGGUCGAGUUUGACUCUCGAGUACUCGAGUCCAAUAUUUUGGACUCGUGGAGGCCCUAAACCCUAACCCUAGGUUUAAUAGUCCGAAGGUCCAACACUAACCCUAACCCUAGGUUCAGUAGUCUGAAGAUUUAUAGACCUAACCCCAGACUAUUGAACCUUCGGACCAUUGAACCUUCGGACUAUAGAGCGGUCCCCGGUGUAAGACCACUACAUUUCCUGUUCUGGAUGGAAGAGCUGGCGAAAGUUGACAUCUGCAUCCAUGACAGGCGUGCACUACACCAGCUUGCUCUAAAUGUGCACGUUGAGCUGACCUGACCUAAGACCAUUACACAGAGGUGUCUCUAAUUAAUCACUAACCACCUGUCCUGGACAGAUGGCCCAGAUAACUGAGGUGUGUGCCCAGGACAGCAUGCACAAAUAACUUUAAAAUGAAAUUCAAGUGGUGAAUUCCUUCUUCAGCAUAUGUACAAAUUUCACUGUGAUAUACUUUAUUCAGUCAUUGUUUUGAUACAUAUUUAAAAUAACAAAUCAGGGUAUCAUUUUGAUUACUUGUGAAUGCAUGUUUUUGAUUUCUUUUGAAUUGUAUGCUUUCAUAUAUUAUGUACACAUGUAUCUUGUUGUCCAGACUGUAUUUACUAAUACAUGUAUUAUUAUUUAUAUACAUAUUUAUAGGUUUUCCGUUUGGUGUGUGCUAAAACAAUGUUAAGUUUGUGCAAAUAUUUAAUCAUCAAUUUCUUUUCAUACAUGACCUGACCUCUCUACCUAUGUGCAUUCCUCCUGCUACGAUAGACUGGUCCAAAAUAUGACAACACCCCAAUCAUUGGCUAAAAUCUUGUAUUAUGUUGAUCACAUAACCGGCCUCGGUGGCACAGUGGUUAAGUCAUCAGACUACAGGCUGGUAGGCACAGGGUUCGCAGCCCAGUACCGGCUCCAACCCAGAGCGAAUUCUUAAGGGCUCAGUGGGUAGGUGUAAGA